AAAGCUCCUUUCGCGCGGCAGAGGAAGACGGGCCCAUGUAGCGUCCAUUUGUAAGGGAAGCUGAAGAACUAAAAAUAACAAAAAAAUCAAGUUUAUGUACAAUGAGUGGUAGAAGAGCCCACAAAAGGAAAGUGGAGGAACUACAGGAUGAAGAUCACAGAUCCAGCAGUGUGGCAAGAGAAGACAGAAAUGCCAGUGAUGUCCCAGAGACUCCUACAAUACUAACACUAACAAAGGAUGACUUCAAAAGAUUAGACACUUUGAAGUCAAAUGAAUGUGAGGAAGAUGACACCAGUGAAGUGUCUCAAGAGGAAGUCCAUGAGGAUGGGACUAUUAGCCAGGGCACCAUGUGGAGAGGGGAUGCUGCAGAGACCCAGGACACAACACAGGUAUUCUUAAGAUGCAGAAGAGAGUCAAACAAUGAAAACUUCGACUGUGAGACCCAAACAGUUCACUUCAGACCGUUGAUAGAAGACACUGGAGGGGCUUCCGAGGGUUCCAAGAGAGCUACCCUAGCGACACUUAACCUCAAGACGGUCAAGGGGGAACAGUGCUCAGAGAAGGGGUCUGCUAAUGCGAUAAAGAAGUGUUGCAUUGAAGACUGUGAGUCGAGAUCAGACAGAACAGAAUCCAGUGUUACAUACAUCCCUGUUCCCAGUGAUGAAAACAGUAGAAAACUUUGGACUCAGAUGCUGGACAUAUCACAACACAGCAAGAAGAGUUCCCAGUUAUACAUGUGCAGUUUACAUUUACUCAACCCAACCAAGUUAACAAAAACCAAAGGAAGAACCAGAAAGAAAAAAACGUGUGAUAUGCUUUUGGCUGAGGAAGCCGAGAAAAUCAAGAUGGGCUUAGCCAGCGGAAGACCUAAGAGAACGCCAAAACCAAACAAGAACUAUGACUGGGCAGAGUUAAUUCCAUUCAUCAAGUCAGAACCACAGGAAGAAGAAGAAAUAAGCCUAGAAAGUAGUCCAGGGGCUUCGUUACAACCUUCAGGAGGCCUGGCUGGAAGGAGGAGAAAACAGCUGCUUUCGAGCAUUAAGAAGGAAGACAAAGAAAAUGAGAGACCAGGUGAGGCAGAGGAACUGGAGGAGAUGAAUGUCUGCGAGAGUGAACCGGAAGAUUACGGAGAGAAUGUGAGCCAGCCCAGUCAGCUGAGAUUUCCUCCGCCCAAGCCAAAAGGAAGGCCUCCCAGGAUUAGAGAUAUAUGCACGCAGACAGAUAAUAUGCGCAGUUCAACCACAAGACAGCCUUUGCGGGAAGUGAAAGUUCAGUGUAAUCUAACUGCAGAACCUCUUCCCACCUGUCCCAGCUGUUCAAGUGUUGAUUGGCAAAGAUUGGAGGAGCUUUUAGCUGACUGUUUACCCCAGAUUGAGAGAGAGCUGUGUGACCCUCAGGUAGCAGCAUGUAUCAAGCAGGUGUUGAGUAAUAUAGAAACAUCCACCCAUGCAACAAAUUUCCUACAGGUCCUCUGUGGUGGUGAACGAGAUGAAUUAGAAAAUUCAAAAGGAAUAGUUCUAGUCUCUAGUCAGGAAGACCUUGAAGAAGUGGAAAUAGAAAAUAUGAUUCAUCCUGAAGUUGAAGCUCCAGUGUCCGGGGUAAGAGAGAUCACUCCCAAAGUAUGGAAGAGAAAGCUUUCGUUAGCAAAUGUAAAGAAAGAGGAAAUGGAAGAUUUGGAAGAUGAUGUGGAUGACUUAGGCUUACAAGCAGCCACAGAUUUGGAUGAUGAGGAAUUUACUCCUGGACUUGAGGCUCAGGAGGAGGAUGACAAUGAGGAAAUGGAUGAUGAUGAAGACUGGAACAUCAAGAACGCUGGAGAUUCAGGAAUCAUUCCCGUUCGAAAAAGACAAAAGAGGAUACAGAGCAAAAUAAAGAAAGAACAGCUGGCGAAGGAUGGAGAGGCAGAGGAUAAACUGGGGAGGGCCAGCCAGAGCAGCAUGCAAGGCUCAGAGCUUAGCAAAAGGUCGCCAAGACAGCAGGCAGUGAGGAGGUCACAGUGCGUGAGAAGGGGAGGUUGUUUAAACAGAUGCAAAAGUGUCGGCGAAGAAUGCGUGGCUUGCGAGGGAUGCCAGGAGGAAUGUAGAAUCCACACUAAGGCAGUGCCUCUGCAGGCGUGCUACAAGUGCAGCUCCUGCGACCAGACCUUCAGCCAGAAGAUAAGUCUCAACGUCCACCUCAUGUUUAAACACGGGGCGCCGAGGAGGUACCAGUGUGACAAAUGCGACUACGAGGGGCCGAGACUCUACCACCUGAAGCGACACAUGAAGGUUCACUCGGACGAAAGGCAGUUUGUUUGCCAAGACUGCGGCAAAGGCCUCAAAACCAUUCAAGCGUACAGGAAUCACAGGGUCCUCCACACCAACGUUGGCCGCUUUACUUGCCACGUUUGCAACAAAGCUUUCAACCAGAAGAGUCUUUACGAGGACCACGUGAGGAGUCACCAGGUAGAGAGAAAUUUCGAGUGCACGUACUGCGACGCCACUUUCAAGACAUACAAACACGUAGCGUGUCAUAUCCGUGCCGUGCACCUUAACGACAAGCGAUUUAUCUGCGACGUCUGUGGCGCGCAGCACAUGACCGGAGCCAACCUAAAGACCCACAUGAAAAAACAUAAAGACCUAUCGUCUCUCCCGUAUGCCUAUCACUGCACCAGUUGCGAGGCAGCAUUCCGCGGGGAAGAAGGCCUGGCGGUGCACGUACGAGUAAUGCACAAAGUCAUUCUCUCAUCGGAUAGCGACAUGCCUGAAGUGUCUCUGUCGACCCUCCACCCUACGCGGCGACCAGUCAAGAUCCAGUAUGGACUUUCUUCAAGUAAUAAUGACCCCGAUGACCCGGAAGAAAUCAGUCUGGAGGCGGACGAGUCGACUGUCUUGGUCGAAGGGGAGAAUCUGACGGUGGUGAAAGCGAAGACCUCGGAUAUAAUAUACGAUCAGCUGUGGGCAAGUACAUGUCCAAGUAAAGUCCUCGCUUUCGAUUUGAUGAUGACGAAAGAUGGCGACGGAGCUAUUGGCAUCCAUACCACGAGGAGGGAGUCGGGCGUGGAGGGCGGCGCGUCGGCCGUGUGCUGCCGCUGGUGCCGCAGGGUGUUCUUCUCGCAGCCGCAGCUCGCCGGCCACAAGUGCAAGGGGCGGCCCGUGAAGGAGAGGCGGUUCGCGUGCAACAUCUGCCGCAAGACUUUCUCGCAGAAGAUCAGCCUGCAAUAUCACAAUGUGUAUGUGCACGACGGAGAGCGCAAGGCCGCCUGCCCGCACUGCGAUUACCGCGCCCCGGACAAGGCCAAGCUGUCCGUGCACUUGCGGACGCACUCGGAGGUCCGGCCGUACGUGUGCGACACGUGUGGGGGCUCCUUCAAGUUCCGCUCCACGUACCGGGCCCACGUGGCGCGCCACACGAACUCGGGCCCGUUCGUGUGCGAGUAUUGCAAGAAGGCCUUCAUGAUGGCCUCGGAGCUGCAGGAACAUUCGCGAAUACACGCUGUCGUGCGACCGUUCGCGUGCCAGCUCUGCGGCAUGACCUUCAAGCAGAAAAAGCGCCUGCGGGUUCACCACCGCGCGGUCCACCUUCAAGACAAGCGCUACGUAUGCGACAUAUGCGGCUCAUCCUACAUAAACAACUGGAACCUUCGGGGCCACAUGAAGACGCAUCUCCACGUGGACAACAGCUACACGAACGCGUGCGAGCUGUGCGGCAGCAACUUCCGCGGCAAGGCCGGGCUGGCGGCGCACAUGCGCAUGCGCCACCCCGAGACGCGGGAGCCGCGCCAGAGCUUCCAAGUGCUGGACGUGGGCAUCGAGCCCGAGGCUAUCGAGCACAGCAGCAUGGAGCCCCAGGCGGGGGACGUCGAGCUCAAGAUGAUCGAGGUGUACUCGUGCGGCACCUGCGGGCUCCUGUGCGAGUCGCUGGAGCAGCUGACCUCGCACUCGGCCGACCAGCACGGCGUCUACCACGUCCUCGCCUCCUAGGGACACCGAGGACUUCCGGCGGCGGUGGGCGGGGGACCGGCGGGGGCGCGCCGGAUGUAAUAAGUCCAAAUUGUAAUAAAUCUAUUUCUUCAAAACAUU